AUCAAAGACAAUAUAGAGCAGGUUUUUGCACGGUUCGUUAGUGAAGGCAAAGCUACCAUUCGUGUGAAGGACCCACCCCAGGACAUCAGUAUCAGCAAAGCUGAUUCCUUACAACUGAAGAACUUUCUCUCUGUACUUCGCCUUGGUGCUCAAGGAAAAAGUUUGGAUAAUAUUACCUUAUCACGUCUCGCUCCAGCUUCGGGCAAAAAUGUUGAAAAACCUAAAACUAGACUUAUCAUCAAUUCAAGAAAGGAAUAUCCCCUGACAACAAACUUUCCGUCUCGUUUAGAGUUUCUACAGGUGUCCCAGUGUCGCUUAAAAAAAGUGGAUUCUCGAAUACUUAAGUUAUAUUAUCUUACAGAAUUAAAUCUGAGUGAUAAUGUUUUAGAAAGUUUACCAGAAGAUUUUAACAAUGCUCCAAAUUUACGAUCAAUAACUUUAUUACAGAACAAUUUAACUAAUAUUUCUCCUAAAUUUUGUUUACAAUCUACACUACAACAUAAUCUUCGUUUUCUUGAUCUCGGACAAAAUCAUUUAGAAGUUCUCCCUCUUCAGAUUUGUGAGUUGCAAUGCUUGGUGACUUUAAAAAUUGAUAAUAAUCAACUGAAAUGUCUCCCUCCAACAAUUGGUCGAUUAAAAUGUCUGAAAUUUUUGUCUGCUGUCGGAAACAAGAUUGAAACUUUGCCUGCAAGUAUGACUCAACUUCAGCUAGAGACAAUUGACCUUUAUGGGAACCCAUUCCUUCAAGAUAUCCACAAUGACCUGCCAGACCACUUCCCUGACAUAAACCUGAUGGAAUUAUGCGCCAGAUCUAUUAGAAAACAUAGAGUGUCAUACACAGAAGAGGAUUUACAUUCCCAUCUAUGUCGAUACUUGGACUCAGCCCGUCUGUGUUGGUGUGGUGGAUUCUGUUUUAGGUGUUCUGUGAACUUUACAACAUCUCUAACCCUAUCCAGGAUAGCACACACUGUAUCAGCCGUGGACCAGCUAGGCAGAAUGGAUGUUCCAAUGAUGUCCUUUCUUUGCUCUCCACAUUGUCUUUCAAGAUUCCAGAAGAAUCCCUAUGCUUACUGGAAAAAAUAGACUUGA